AUGGUACACAAGCCCGACACGCAAGUUCUCAUUAUCGGAGGAGGGAUAGGUGGUCUCCUGCUUGCGACAAUCUGCCGGAAGGUCAACAUCCAAUGCAAGGUGCUAGAACGUACGAAGCAGCUCGAGCCUGUUGGCGCUGGCAUCUCCCUAGCGCCAAAUGCGCUGAAGGUCCUGGAGCAGUUGGGUCUCUAUGAAGAAAUAAAGCGCACCGGACAGCCGCUCAAGAAGGUCAUGAUACACCGUAAUACGACCAAAUGGAGAGAAUUGGACUUUGGCGCCGAAAGCUAUUAUGGUUAUCCAGUCUAUUCUAUCGAACGACACCAUUUUCACCACAUGCUGUAUGAAGCGGCAGGGGGCGAGGAGGUCGUGGUGCUCGAUGCGAAGGUUGAGGACGUAAUCGACAAGCCCGAAGAAGAAUAUGUCAAGGUCAAGCUCGCAGAUGGCCGGGAGUUAAGCGGAGAAGUCGUGGUCGGAGCGGACGGUAUCAGAUCCAUCACCCGUCGCAUUCUUGCACGAAAUGCUGGCAUGGACGCCGUAAACACCAUUCGAUUCACAGGCCGCGUCCAUAUGUCGGGAUACACCGCGCCCAUGCCUAAUUUGGGCCCUGAGGAGCUCGGUGUGGCCAACUGGCUUUUCUACGAUGAUUCAAUACUCACCACAUGGCCGUGCAAAGACAACAGGCAAUGGUUCAUUGGAGUCAAGAUGGCAGAUCCCAAUUCAGUUCAGGAGAAGAACCGCUCGGUUUGGUCAGGCACGACGCGUGAAAUGAUCAACGACGUAUAUGGAGAGAAAUUCCAUCCGUUUGGAGAGAAUGGCAUGGUCAAAGAUGUCGUUAACCGAUCGGAGCGCAUUGUUGCCAGCAAUGUCUACGAAGAAGUCUCGUUCGCCUCCAUGUCAGCCGGGCGUGUGGCCUUGUUAGGUGACGCCGCCCACUCCAUGACGUCUUUCUUCGGUCAGGGAGCCUGCCAAGCCAUCGAAGACGCCACCGAGCUCGGUAACCUCCUACAACGCUACUUCUCCGUCCCAGCGGAAAAGAGGCUCUCCAAUGUUGAUGAUGUCCUGAAAGAGUAUUCAAUAAGGCGGGAAGCUCGCGCCAAGGACAUCGUGGCCUUCUCCAGCAACUAUGCAAAAGUGCAUAUGGGAAAAUUACCCUACGGCAUGGGUCCGCUGGUCCGGAAGCUCGUGUAUGCUUAUGCGCCUGCCUGGUCGUGGAUGUGGUACUUGGGGUGGCUGUACGGCUACCAGCCCACUGUUGACGCGGUACGUUGA